AGUGCAACAAACAUUGAAAAAAAAAAAAGAUGCAGACAAAAACCAGUGGCUAGAGAAACGCGAAGGCGUUCAUGUUUAUCCACAGUGGACAGACCUAUUUUCGUUUGGACCAAACCAGUUAAAAGAAAACAAAGGCUGCUGAUCUAGAGGAAGGGUCCAAAGUAGUUGAUGUGGCAACCCAAAUCCAUAACGCCUGGCCGCUGAAUGAUAAUUGUCAGAAAAAGACCAUCGCAAUUUGUCUUCAUUAGAAAAUCUACGACCAAUCUCUUCAGUGGGUGCAAUUGUUGGCUCUUCUGGGGCCACAUGCUUUGCUUGUGGUUGCCAUUUCACUUCCCAAUUCCCUUGGGUACUCCUCAACUCUCUCUCUCUCUCUCAUUUAAACCAGUUUUCCUCCGGUCGUCCUUCUCUUUGUUUCAAUCUUUCAAGGUCAAGCAAGUCAGUUUGCUCUCAACAGCUUUGAGCUGUUGAAAGGGCGAUGCUGGCUGGGAUCAUUUCAUUGCUAUCUUGAUUCUUCCCAUGGCAUUUACUGCAAGCAAGGUUCCAAGUGGCUCUGCUGUGACUGAGACGGUAGGCAACACUAGGCCACAGGGUAAAAUCUAUCCCAUAAGUCAAGGGUUUGAGCGUCGGAGGCUGAGAAAUGCACAUCUUUUGAUGGCGAAAUUGAGCUUUCCAAAUGAACCUCUGGGAAGAAUAUAUGGAAAAACAGGUGGUUUCACAGUCACACGGGGAUCUUUGGUGAUGUGCUUUUCAACAAGAACUCAAAAUUCUGAAGCAACGGAAUCUGUUAAACAUUGUGCAGAGUGCUCUGAUGAAUCUGGUGCACAGAUUGCACAAGAGGAAGUUGGUCAUUCAGUUUUGCCUGGGAGAACAAUACAUUCAAGUCGAGGCUUAGCUGAAGCUUGUAGAUUUGCGUGCAAUGAUGCAAAGUUUGUAAAUGAAAGGGCCCGUAAUGACCUUGUUUUGCUUUCUCGUGGCAUAAUGAGGUUAGAUGCCCGUGCACGUCAGGAUGUCGCUAUUCUUGGGUCAGGGUUUCUUAAACUUGACGCUAGGGCAAGAGAAGAUACAGAAAAAAUUGACCGAGAUGUGAAGAAAAAGGCUGAAUGUCUUCAUCAUAUUGCCACUAUUUUAAAAGACAAGGCAGAAUCUAGAUUGAAAACUGCUGCUGACAAACAUUGGAGUGAUGGUGCAUUGGAGGCUGAUCUGCGCCGUGCUGACUUCCGUGCUAAGCAGCGUGCAAUGGAGGAUGCCUUGAUGGCUUUGGAGUUUAUGAAAAAUAUUCAUGACAUGAUGGUUAGCAAGGUGUACAAAUUCCCACUGCAAUGGGGAAAAGGCUCACUUUCAGCUAGUGACUUAAUGCUUGAGAAAAAUGGGAAGACUAUUGAUUUUUUUAAUGGUGAAGUGUCUACCGAUCGCAUUAAUGCCAUUCAGGAAGCUUACUGGAGCAUAGCAUCUGCACUUUCUGAAGCUGAUGGAAUUGACUACACAGAUCCUGAAGAGCUCGAGUUGUUAAUAACAACUCUUAUAGAUCUUGAUGCAAUGGAUGGUAAGACCAGUGUAUCAUUGCUGGCAGAGUGUUCGAGUUCUCCAGAUGUCAGUACGAGACAAGCAUUGGCUAAUGCACUAGCAGCAGCUCCAUCCAUGUGGACUCUCGGAAAUGCAGGAAUGGGAGCAUUACAGAGACUGGCAGAAGAUAGCAACCAAGCUGUUGCUGCCGCAGCAUCUAAAGCAAUCUACCAACUAAAGAAACAAUGGGAAAUAGAGGAAGGGGAUAGCUGGAGGUUCAUGAUGAAUCUGAAGCCGGUGGAGGAAACAGAUGGAGAUGGUGACAAAGAUGAUGCAGAUAAAAACUAAGCAAUUAAAAAAAAAUUAUACUGUAGAUAUCUACACAGGUUUAACUAGCUGUAGGAUAAAUCCACUCCAUCAAAGGAAAUAAUGAAUUCAUGUAUGCUGAUGUACUGAAAAGGCUCGUAUACAUUUCGAUUUCAGUACAUUUAGAUUUCAGUACUUCCUGAAAACAUCUUUUCACUUGCUUGUUUCAUAAGGUAGACAAGCAUGCAUAUUAUAAGCUGCUUGAAUCCAAAAUCUUUACCCAAAAACUCUCAUUCUCUCAGCUGCAUAAUCUGAUACUAAGCUGGCUCAAGGAAAUCACAUAAUUUAGUUUUGAUUUUGUCUGUCAAGGUGUGGCGCUUAUGUAAGAUUAAGUUUCUUGUGUAAGAUCAACCUCUUCUUUUCUUAAUAAAAUCUUAAUUCAUGUGCUUUGUUUGCUUUAA